AGGGAUAUGCAAUGAUCUGGAUUCAACCAUUAACUUAGAUCUCUCUCCAGAGGUGAUGAGAUAAAAAAAUGUCAGAUAUAUACUUUGCACAUAUAUAUUACCACUGUGCAUUGUCUCCUGUUUGAGUUUGAUGCUAAGAAAACCCCCACUUUAUAGCCAGCAUAAAUAAUAUUCCCCCACUCCCAAAUUGCACCAUCAGUUGUGCCUUGUGAGCAGCUGUGUUUCAGGAAUUUCACAGACAAGAAAAUCGAAGAGAUGACAAGAAAUUCUUCCAUCAAAUCCCAAACAUCUCUCCCCAUGAAAAGGUCUUCCUCAAUGGUAGAAUUUCCGACCUCUCCUCAGCCCACCGUUGGAGAACAAAUCACACAUUACGCCCACUCCCAGCACCCCUUGACGGAACUAAUUCUGCCUGAGCUCUUUACUUGCUCCGGCUGCAAGGAGUUUGGAGCCGGCAAGAGGUUUGCAUGUCAGCAGUGUGACUUUCAGCUGCAUGAGUUUUGUGCUGUCUCUCCGCCACUCUUGAAGAACCACCCCCUCCACGGCCAACACCAGUUAGUUUUCCAUUCCAAACCAAGGCCAGGUAUACACAUAUGCAUACAGAACCAUGCAACAAGCUUUACCAAGAAUUAUACAAUGACCAUGUACAUUUCCUCAAAAGGUGGGAUCUCGUGGCCAAGGUGCGAUGUUUGUGGAAAGUCGACCAAAGGGUUUACCUUCAGAUGCAGGGCCUGCAGUUUCCAGAUGCACCCGUGCUGUGCUAUGCUCUCCACUGAGAUCAACUUCCCAAUCCAUCCCCACCCAUUAAAACUGCUGCCAGCAUUCAGCACGUCGUCGGGUGCCAAUAUGGGGGCGAAUUGUGGGGAGUGCAACAAGAGGAGAUCAGGUCGAAUGUACCGUUGUACCGUGUGCGAAUACCAUCUUCAUGCCUUGUGCGCUAAGCCCCUCAUCAAUGGUCUUGGACCCAAUGGCAUUCCCACGCCUGAGAAGCCGAGUGCACUGGGGACGGCAGCUCGUCUGGCAUCUCAGGUGGUGAUUGAGUUCAUUGGAGGGCUAAUUGAGGGGUUUGGAGAAGGCAUGGGAGAAGUCAUAGUUCAGAGUAUUGCAAGAGGUAGGUGCAUCAGCAGAAGAAGAAUACGUGAAUAAACUACAGCGAAAGCUUGAGGCCUAUUGUUUGCCCAGAAGAAAUUAUCAAAUCAUCUGCUCCUCAAGUGUAAUAUUGUUCAUUCCGCAGUCAUGCUACUUUUGGACACUAAUAAUGAAGACAAAUUGACAAUUAUCUUGCUGUAAUCAAGAAAGUGUAAGGCAAUACCUGCCCUUUUUGGAGAUCCCCA